AUGCACUUCGAUGGCUCGAAGAUGCGUCUUGGCCUAGGGGCCGGCAUCGUGUUGUCCUCCCCGAAGGGCGACUGGCUCCGGUACGCGCUCCAGAUCCACUUCACUGCCUCCAACAACGUCGCCAAGUACGAAGCCCUUCUGCAUGGCCUCCCGCUUGCCAAGGAACUCGAAAAUGAGGCCGCCAACACGCUCACCAAGAUCGCAUCAUCCCGGCAGACCAUCCCGCCUAGCGUCUCUCUAGAGCACCUGCACAAGCCAUCCGUCAAGCCAUCUCCGGACUCCGAAUCCAUCUAUGUCCCGGACGACCCGGCCGCGCCUCAACCCGGCCCGGGGACUGCCGAUCCCAGCCUAGGGACUGUCAAACCCGGCUCGGGGGCUGCCGAACCCGGCCCAGGGGCUGUCGAACCCGGCCCGGGGGCCGCAGCCGCUGACCCGACCACCGUCAUCCCCAGCCCGGCCGCCACCAUCCAUAACCCGGGGGCUGCCGACCCAGAACCUGUCAUGGUGGCCGUCUUCGCCGUGGUGAUGGCGCCGUCGUGGGCCCUGCCCACCUCAUAG